GGCGGGACGGACGGAGGGACAGACGGACGGAGGGAGCCGGCGGAGAGGCACCGGCCCGCUGCGCUCGCCCGCCGCCCCAUGGAGCUGCGCCCGGGGCCCGCGCCGCCCUCGGGAUGGGCGCUGCCGCUCCUCCUCGCCCUGGGCGCCGCCGGGCUCAGCCACGGCACCCCGCACCUGCCGUACUCCCGGCCGGGCUCCCGCAGCAAGAACUGGUGCGCCUACAUAGUGAACAAGAACGUGAGCUGCUCGGUGCUGGACGGGACGGAGAGCUACGUCCAGGCCCAGUACAAGUGCGCCUGGAACCAGUUCCCCUGCGAGCCCACCCUUGUAUACCGAACGAGUUUCAGACCUCGGUACACAGUUGCAUAUAAGACAGUGACAGAGCUGGAAUGGAGAUGUUGUCCUGGCUACAAAGGGGAGGACUGCAGGGAAGGGCCAGCAGAAAAGCCAAACUCUGCUCGUCGUCCCACAACACCAGCGAAAGCUGUUGUGAAGAAAGGCACAGAUGCAGAACCAACAGAAGCGCCGGAGCCUCCACCAUAUGAGAAAAGAAUGCAGUUUCUUGAGGACGAAUUGUUUAGACUUACACGGUCUGUUAUUGAACUCCAGUCCUCCGUGGCAGGUGUGAAUGAAAACCUGAAGCUGACUGUACAAGAAGAUGCUAGCAAGAUGUUGGUCACUUGGCUGAACAACCUUUACGACCGCCCAGAGCCGGACAGUGCAGUUGGUGGUGAAACAGACACUAUUCAGCUGCCAGGACUCCUCAGCAAUAAAGAUCAAAAGGACCCUUUUAUUGAUUUUGAAAUGGAAGAUAUAAAAGCUGAGCUAGCUGAGGUGAAAGAAGCCUUGAAGAUGAGGAAUGAUGAGCUGGAGGAACUGAGUGGAAAAGUAAAGGGCUAUGAAGGACAACUAAAACAACUGCAGGAGGCAGCACAAGGACCUACAAUAACAAUGCCCCGUGACAAUAUAUAUCAGGACUAUAUAGACUCAAAAUUUGAGUCCCUCAGGCAAGAAAUAAUGGAAGGAUUUGAGAAGAAAAUGGCAGAUCUGAAGAACUCCUGUGACUAUAAACUGGAAGAUAUUCAGCAGCAGUAUGAUGAAAGUGAAAACAACUGUGUAGGGAUAAUUGAUGUUAUAAGAGGAAAAGAGAAUGACUUGAGGAAAGAAAUAGAUUCUCUCCGCACUCAGAUUCCAUCAAAUGAUUCCAGCUGUUGCAAGAAGGGUGAAGGAAAUGGCUUUGACCAACAGAUGAAAGAUUUAGAUAAGAAGAUUGACAGAAUUGUGGAAGCACAGAGGAUCUUGAAUGCUAGAAUAGAUAAUGAAAUAAUUAGAUUGUCAACUCCAGAUCUAGAAGAUGUGUUUGGUGAGAGGCUGGAGGAGCUAGAUGCAAGGAUGAAUAUUACAGAACGAAAUGCUGAGGAACAUUGUUUCUACGUUGAGGAGACUCUCCGCGGUGCUAUCGCUGCUGAGGUGGAUGAACUGAGAGACUUGUUUGACCAAAAGCUGCGGGCACUGGAGGUUAGGCUAGGCGGGACUAUUUUGGAGAUUGCCAACACCACGGACCCAGAUGGAAUGUUUGUUAAUCCUGAGCCUAUCUUGCCCAGCGAUGCAGGGUUUGCAAAUGAGCAGUUUACAGCAGAGAUGAAUGUUGUGAAGGACAAACUGCUGUCACUAGAACAGCUCUGUGGGCACAAAUGUCAGUCUGCACCGCGAGGUACGGAGGACCUUCAAAAACAGCUAGAAAAUUGUAAUGACAAGUACAAUCACUUGCUUUUGAAAACAGAGAAUAAUUCUGUUAUCCUGCAGUCUCUAAAUAGCUCUCUUAAUGAGAAACUCAACUUAAUUAAGGGUAACCAACGUGACAUCCAGAAAAUGCAGAGAGAUGUGCGUGUAUUCCGAUACAAUCUAAAUGCCAUUGAUAAAGAUAUGAAAAAUCUUCAAGAUGGCCUGAGCAGCUGCAGGGAGCAGCUUCUGGGUGUCAAUUCAACAUGCAGAAAAACACAAAGAGGUGUCUUCCGAAAAAUUGAUCAAAUGCAGAGGACGUUUGCAAAUCAAACUGCUCAUUCCAGUGAGAAUUGUUGUGGUGAAGUGAAAGACAGACUAGAACAACUGAAUGACCAUAUCCUGAAUGAUCUCAGCAAGUGCAAAGAAAAGACCCAAGGUGUCCAGGAGGGUGUUUCAGAUGUUGAGAGCAGAGUCGCACAUGUUGAAAAAGUCUGUGGCAAGCUGGACUCUGUUUCAGGCAGUUUGCAGAAUAUUAAAGAAGGUCUGAAUAAGCACGUGAGCAGCUUAUGGAACUGCAUCCGUGAAAUGAAUGGAACUAUAGCAUCUCAUUCCACUGAUAUUUCUGGCCUCAAAAACUCUGUCCAACAGUUUCAUAGUCAGGUUUCCAAAAUCACCACUGCCAUUGAAGGCGUGCUGAAAUCUCAGCCUGACACAAGGCGACCAGAAGUACCACAGCAGCCGUUGCCACCGAGGCCACCCAUGCAGCCCCAGCCUGGCAUAUCCCUGCUGCCAUCACGGCCCAGGAUACAGCCCCCACGACAGAGGAUCCCCCUCCUCCCACCACAGCUGAGACCUCCUCCACGCCCAGCUCUGCCAGGGUCAGCAGUUGUGCCACUUCUGCCUGGAACAACCGGCAUCAUCUUGGAGACUGGGGAGGCAGGACCUCCUGGCACGGUUUUAAUGUCUGGGAGAGGGCGUCUUAGAAGUGUGGAUGGCCAGGCUGGCCAGAGUACCAUGCCCAUUGCUGAGGGGUAUGCUGGAGCACCAGGAUAUCCAAAGUCAUCUCAUCCUACCACGGAAUCACAAGGACCUGCCACUGCUGCUGUGCCCUCUCUGGUGUCAUUUUCUGCUGGGCUCACACAGAAGCCUUUCUCCAGCGAUGUUGGUGUGGUUCACUUCAACAAAGUGCUUGUGAAUGAUGGGGACUAUUAUAACCCCAAUACAGGCAUUUUCACAUCGCCGUAUGAAGGGCGCUACCUGAUCACCGCCGUGCUGGCCCCGGAGAGGGACGAGUACGUGGAAGCGGUGCUGUCCGUCUCCAACGCGAGCGUGGCUCAGCUCCACACUGCUGGCUACAGAAGGGAACUGCUGGAGUAUCACAAACCCUACUCGGGGAAACAGACCUGUGGUGGUCCUGGGACGUUCCACCUUGUUCUUCACCUCAAAGCAGGAGACGAAGUAAACGUUGUUGUAACAGGAGGCAAAUUGGCCUACACAGACUCUGACGAAAUGUACUCCACGUUUAGUGGAGUUCUCCUUUAUCCUUCCAUUUCUCAUGUUUAGGUUUGAACCUUGAACAGGGGAGAAGGGUAAGAUAUUCAGAAGAAAUUAAGUGUAAUAAAAUUCAAAGCUUUAAUAUA